AAUCAGAUAAAUCAAUUAUAAAAUCUGAUGCAUAAAAUCAAUUAUUACAAUUUCUUCAAGAUGCAAUGCAGUUUGGAACUUUAAAGUUUAGUUUCUUUCAAUUGUUUAGUCAUAUAAAAUGCCAGAACCAGUAAGAAUUCUUUCAUCAUGUGAUGAAAAUCUUGACGAUAUUGAAGAUAUAUUUCAACCAGAAGAUCUCACACACGAUGAGCGUAUUUACAAUCGCAGUUUAGUUACAACUCGGGUUCACCAAAGAGCUAUAUCAAAAGGGUGUGAUUCCAUUGAUGAUGAACGGCCACUCGCAGAUAGCAUUAUACCUGGUACACAAUGCAUCUAUAUUAAAACAUGGGGUUGUACACAUAAUAACAGUGAUUCUGAAUAUAUGGCUGGACUUUUAGCAGCAUAUGGAUAUAAGGUUACAACAUCUGAUCCUUUAAACGCUGAUUUGUGGUUGUUAAACAGUUGCACAGUUAAAAAUCCAGCUGAAGAAAGUUUUAAAAAUGAGAUAAAAAAAGCGCAAGAGCUUAAUAAGUAUGUUGUUCUUGCUGGUUGUGUACCUCAAGGACAACCCAGAGGAGAGUUUAUGAAAGGUCUUAGUAUUGUAGGGGUCCAGCAAAUUGAUCGUGUUGUUGAGGUUGUGGAAGAAACAUUAAAGGGACACAGUGUUCGUCUUUUUGGUAAAAAAAAGUUAAAUGGUAAAAAAAUUGGUGGUGCACCAUUAAAUCUCCCAAAAAUUCGAAAGAAUCCGCUUAUUGAAAUUAUUGCAAUUAACACUGGUUGUUUGAACCAAUGUACAUAUUGUAAAACAAAACAUGCUCGUGGAGAAUUAGGAUCUUAUCCACCUGAAGAAAUUGUUGCCAGAGUUAAGCAAUCGUUUGAAGAGGGUGUUGUAGAAAUAUGGCUAACUAGCGAGGAUACUGGUGCAUAUGGUAAAGAUAUUGGAGUAACUCUACCUGAACUUCUUUGGCAAAUAAUUGAGGUUAUUCCUCCAGGUGGAUUAAUGCGUAUUGGAAUGACAAAUCCUCCAUAUAUAAAAGAAUAUUUAGAUGAAAUGGCAAAAAUUUUAAACCAUCCACGUGUGUAUUCAUUUUUGCAUAUACCUGUGCAAUCAGGUUCAAAUAAUGUGCUUCACGAUAUGAAACGAGAAUAUAGAAUUGAAGAUUUCAAAAAUACGGUUAAUUUCUUAAAAGACAGAGUACCCAGGUUAACUAUAGCAACAGAUAUAAUAUGUGGAUUUCCAACAGAAACUUUAGAGGACUUUGCUGAUUCUUGCGCAUUAGUUCAAGAAUAUCAGUUUCCAAGUUUGUUCAUAAACCAAUUUUUUCCUCGACCUGGUACACCUGCUGCAAAUAUGAAAAGAGUGCCAACUGAUGAGGUUAAAAGAAGAACUCGCGUUAUAUCAGAUAUAUUUCAAUCAUAUCUUCCAUAUGAAAACCAAUUAGGGGAACAUCAAACAAUAUUAAUAACAGAAAAUGCUAAAGAUGCAGUGCAUUUUGUAGGUCAUAACAAGUCUUAUGAUCAAGUUCUUAUCAAAGCUGAACCUGAUUUGAUGGGAAAACUGGUCGAAGUAGAGAUUUAUGAAACUGGAAAACAUUUCAUAAAAGGUCGUUUAGUCAACAAUUCUGAAGUGAUUUCACCUGGCUUACGAACUCCAUUAGCAAAAGGAGCAAUAAGCGGUCUUUACCAAGAUAAUGCUGACCUGAUUGUUGAUGUUAAACAGCCUUUACCAGCAACCAUUUGGACUCACAUUUUACAUUUUGGACUUUUUGUUCUUGUUGUUGCUAUAACAUUAGAUGUUUGUCGAUUAAUACACAUGAUCCGUACUAAUAGCUGGCCGCAAUAACAUCAGAAUAAUGCUUUGGUUUUUGUUCAAUUGUUUUGACUUAAUCGAUUUGAUUUCAUUUGCAGCAUUUCUGUAGUUAAGAUUCAAUAGUUUUAGCUGAUUUUUCGUGCGUAUGCAUCAGCAAUGUUAAUCAAUUGUCGUUACAAAUGCGCCGAUUCAGUCAUUUAAAACUAAUGACUUUAAUUAACAAUACCCUUUAAAAAAACUUUAAACUGCAGUUUACCUUAAAAGCUUAUUGAUUUUUAUAUUUUAUUUUAGUUUGCGAAAG